CUGGGACAGAUCCAUGUGGAGAUUUUUUUUUAACGGUCGCACCGAAAACUAGAGGACCAUUGUAAAUGCACACAAUUGAAGAGGAGACCAUGUUUCUGUGCAGGCCCUACUCAGGUCAUAGGUGAGAAGCGCAUAUCCCCUCCCUCCUCCCCACCCCAAAUGGAAAAUCUCUCUGCUCUCCUGGCAUUCUGCGUCAGCAGGGAGUGAUGUCAUCGGAGAGCGGGGCUGAGCCUGACAGGCGCUCAGACACGCUGGCCACAGCGAAGGAGGACGGGGACCACACGGGCAAAGAUGACCCGCCGCCACUCAAGUCUCCAGAACACCAGGCCAAGGGCGGGGGCAACGGCGAGAGCCACGGCUUGGUGGCCAGUAGCCUGGACGGAGACGGGGCCCCGGGCCCUGGAGCCAGAGGUAAACAACAGGAGGAGGAGAGGGAGGCAGCUCCUCCACAGGAGCCCCUGGGGAGCCAGCCGUCGGGAGCAGACCAGCCCGGGGAACAGGUGAAGAAGGCAGAUGGAGUUAGGCCAGAUGCUUGUCAAGAUGAGAAAUACUGUGGGGGUAGUGACAGUGGAAGACCAGGGCAGCAGAGAAGGUCCAGACUGCCAUACUGCUCGGACAGAGACAGCUACAAGAGGCCCAUGGAACCUCUGGGGCCCGGGCCUUUCUUCUUCAUCGGAGGUGGAAACGGAGCCCCCAUAGUGGCUGCAUACUGUGAGAACAAAGGCUGGCAACGUAUUCAUGACAGAACACGAGAGGACUACAAACUGAAAUGGUCUGAGACCAAAUCAAUGGCAACUUACUAUAACUUCAAGGAAGGUGAUCAGCUGCUGUUCCAGAUCCCGAACAAUAAGGUCCUGACCUCCAAAAUCGGACUGCUCAACAGCCUGAGGGAAUAUGACAGGGUCAGCAGCAAAGUGAACUGUGGCAGAGGACUUAGAAGCCUGAAGAUGGAUGACUUCUUUCCCGCCACUUUCCGCAUGGAUGUGAAAGACGAAAGAGAAGUGUUUUUUGCUCAGCAGGAAAAGGCUUGCCAGGCGACCUGUGGCGUGUGGAUCUGCAAACCUACCGAUUUGAAUCAGGGGCGGGGCAUCUUCUUGCUCCGCUCCCCAGAAGACAUCAGUGCCUUCCGCGCCCGGUUGCAGACCAUCGCCGAAAACCAGAGUAGCAGCAAACUCUCCUUCCGUCUCCCACAGGCACGAAUCGUUCAGAAGUAUGUGCAGAACCCACUGCUCCUGCAAGGCAGAAAGUUUGACGUGAGGUCCUACCUGCUCAUCGCCUCCACCACGCCAUACAUGGUGUUUUUCCGUCAUGGCUAUGUGCGACUUACAUGUGACCUUUAUGACCCCAACUCUCAAAACCUCUCAGCUCACUUGACGAACCAGUACAUGCAAAAGAAGAACCCUCUGUACAGCGAGCUGAAGGAGGAAACAGUGUGGUCAAUCGAGCGCUUCAACGAGUACGUCAAUGAAAACUUCACAGCCAAAGGGCUUGCCAAGGACUGGGUGCACGGUGCCUUCACACGUCGUAUGCAGCAGAUUAUGCUGCAGUGCUUCAUGGCGGUCAAAGCCAAACUGGUGCGCAAGCUGGGCUUCUUUGACCUGAUUGGCUGUGACUUCCUGAUUGAUGAGGACUUCAAGGUGUGGCUGCUUGAGAUGAACUGCAACCCAGCUCUUCACACCAACUGCAAGGUGCUAAAAGAAGUCGUACCAAACACGGUGACAGAGACUCUUGACCUGGCUCUGGAGAUCUUUGAGAAGUGCCGCUUUAGGAUGAAACUGCAGCCCUUGGCCAGCCAAAGAGACUUUGUGCUGCUGUACCAGCCAGAAGAGGGUUCAGCACCCAGCCGGAAGAGCAAGGGAGCCAGUGUCCAGUCGCAGGCACCGAGGAGCUCCACAGUCCAGAAGGGCACCCGCCCUAGACCUCAGAGACCUGCUGCGUUGGACACGUCCUCCGGAGACAAGCUAGCAAGCGCUGGUUCGGCUUCCUCCCUCUGCCCAGAUAUCUUUGCUAGCGCCAGCCCUUCGUCCUCCUCCUCCUCCUUCACCAGCGUGGCCCCGCAGGAGAAGUCCCCAGCCCAGGCCGUUCCCAAAGGGCCCAGACCCUCAGGGACCUUGCCGGCGACUAAUGCAGCCCUCGUCGCCGGCAAGCCAAUACCCCACCGACCCCAGGUGCGUCUGCCCAAAACCAAGCCGGCGCCACUGCGCGUGGAGCUCCGGAUGAAAACGUGCACUUGGCAGCGUCCGAAGACGCCCUCGCAGGACAGCGCUGGCGCCGGCCCCGCCGCCAAGCACCCUCAGCACAGCAUCAUGGCGCUGUCCGUGCCCGCUCUCCAGACCUUACCCCCGCCAGGCCGUCUCCAAGGACAGGAGGCACGGCCAGGGCCUGAAGAACAGUGCCUGAUGACUGACCAAACUCCCGCCAAGUCACAGCACCUGGUCGGAGGUGCUGAAAGUGGGCAAGGCGGAGGGCAUGGACAGCGAGAGGACCGGACUGGGAGACCUCAGUGAAGACAUGACAACCUCCUCACCAGGUGAUUUCAGGUUGUGACUGGACACACGUUACCACGAAUGGACAAGCUCCACGGGUUCGACUGUGCGUGUAAACGCUGUUUAUAGGUGCUGUUCAUGUUCAUCACUGCGAUAGUGUUUUCAAGACAAGGU